UCCAAUCAACGCUAGACUUAGAUAACACCCGAAUCGUACAAUUGGAUUUUUGUAUCGUUCGUUAUCAGUGGAUAGUAGCUAAAAUGAAACAUUGCUUCCUACUAGUGACAAUUUUAACUAUUACGCGAGCCGAAUGGAUUGAUAUCGACUGGUCCAAGGUGAAACCAAUUGAGGCGUUCGAUCACUACUGGGCCCGUCUGCCGGCAGAGUGGCAAUUCUUGCGUCACCAAAUACCGAAUCAACGCAUCACCAAUGGUCGGGAAGCGGCACCAGGGCAGUUCCCGUAUCAGGUCGCUUUGCUCAGUCAGUAUGCUGAAUCAACGGCCCUUUGCGGAGGGUCGAUAUUGACGAGCAACUAUGUUUUGACGGCAGCUCAUUGCGUACAGGAUGCUCUCGGCGGAACCGCCAUCCUAGGAGCGCACAAUCGAAUGGCCAAUGAGGAUAGCCAGCAGAGAAUUGGAUUCGGAAUGAGCGGAAUUACUCUCCAUUCUGAAUAUUCCCCUACUAACCUACGAAACGAUAUCGCCGUUGUUCAGCUGAACAACCCAAUCGAAUUCAACGAACGUGUUCAACCUGUUAUUCUGCCAACAGCGACCGAUAACCGAACCUUUUCUGGAAUGACUGGAACCGUGUCCGGAUUCGGGGUAACCUCAGACGGCAGUCAGACAGCCUCCAAUGUGGUAAGGUUCACUGCCAACCCGAUUAUAACCCAUGCGACCUGUUUGGAAACCUGGGGCAGUAAUUCCAGCGUUAUUCAGGAACAAAACAUGUGCCUAUCCGGUGCUGGAGGUCGUUCAACGUGCAGCGGUGAUUCCGGCAGUCCACUGACUGUGGUUUCUGAUACAACUUUGCAGGUCGGAAUCGCAUCGUUUACAUCGCCAUUGGGUUGUACAAUCGGGUUGCCGUCCGUAUUUGCGCGGAUUUCAUUUUUCCGCGAGUGGAUUUUAGGUAAUUCGGAUUAUUCGUAGCAGGUGAUGGAGAAUGUGCUGCAAGUCGCUUUUGAAGACUAUUUUUGAUACCAAAUAAAACAGUUUCAUUUGCGAAUUGAAUCCGAAGGUUCCUAAUGCUGAAGUUAAAGGUUAAUUAAAGGUGAUAAAAAAUCUAGGUGGUUCCAAUUAAUUUCACUUAUGGAGAUGAACUUCCGGGAUUGAUAAAGUUUAUGUUCUGUCGUCAAAUUUUAAUCGAGAGAGAACCAGAGAGAGAGAGAUAAAUCACUAAAUCAAAUGUAAUCGAAAUUAUACUGAAUGGUUCCAAUUCC